AUGGCAGAAAAAGCCGUCUACACUCACGGACACCACUCCUCCGUCUUGAGCUCUCACACCUGGCGUACUGUGAAGAACUCUGCCGCCUUCCUCAUCCCAUACCUCAAGCCCAACCUCGCCAUCCUCGACAUUGGCCACGUAACCGGCGUCGACUACUCCCACGAUGUGGUUGACAACGCGAAGGCGUACGCCGUCGAGCGUGGCGUCACCAACAUAGCCUUCCAGCAGGCCGACGCCAACCACCUGCCCUUCCCCGACGCUUCCUUUGACGUCGUCCACUGCCACCAGGUCCUCCAGCACGUCGCUGACCCGGUCCAGGUUCUACGCGAGAUGCGCCGCGUCACAAGGUCCGGCGGCAUCGUCGCCGCACGAGAGGUCGACUUCACCUCCAUCGCCUGGUGGCCGCUCCUCGAUGGCAUGGACGACUGGCUGAACAAGUACAAUGCCGUCGCCCGCGCCAACGGCGGAGAUCCUGCCGCGGGCCGCAAGCUACACGUCUGGGCCAAGGAGGCGGGGUACCCGGCGGAGAGCCUCACGCUGACCGCGGGGGCGUGGUGCUAUGCGACGCCCCAGGAGCGCGCCUGGUGGAGCACCGUUUGGGCGGAGCGCACCCUGUCAUCCAACUUCGCACCGACUGCGCUCAAGCACGGCAUUCACACUCAGGAGAGCCUGGAGAAGACUGCAGAGGUUUGGCGCAAGUGGGGAGCAGAUGAAGACGGCUGGUGGUCAUGCCUGCAUGGAGAGCUCGUCUCGAAGGUCUAG